AUGGAGGGAGUGGGAGCUAGGCUAGGGCGGUCCUCAACUCGAUACGCUCCCGCCACCGUUUUCACCGGUCCCGUCCGAAAGUGGAAGAAGAAGUGGAUCCACAUAACGCCGUCCAGUUCCAAUCAAACGGAAGCCAAUGGAAGAGUUAACGGCGUUAAUAGCUCUUCACAUCUCUUGCUGUACAAAUGGACACCGAUCACUGCCAACCAAAACAAAGAGAAUAAUGGUAAUGACGGGAACAAUGAAUCGAAGAACUACAGUAAAGACGAGGAUGAUUCAGUGGAAGAGCCGCCUAAGCGUAAAUUUAAGUACAUUCCGAUUGCUGUGCUGGAAGAACAAGCAAACGAGUCCUCAGAUCAGUUAGAGGAUGAACCUAAGCCAAUUGAAACUGAGAUAAAUACAGUGGAGACAACCUCCAAGAGUGAUGGGCAUGAUGAAAAGCCUGAUAUCAAUGAUGUACCGAUGGAUGAUACUCAGGCCCCAGAGGAAAAUCCUGUAGAACGUAGAGAUCUGAAUGUAACCCCAUUGGACUUGAGUUUAGGCUUGAAGGCUAGUGAUGGUGAAAAUGAAUCCAACUCAAAAACACCGACCACUUUACAAAGACUCCAAACUGUUGAAAAGGAUCUUCUGGCAGCCUCUGGUGUAAGCAACGCGGUUGAGAAGGCCCAUCAACGUAUGCAUGAUCAUCUUGACUUGAAGAUCAUGACAGCUCAUUGGGAUUUAGAUGAUUUUCAAAUGAAUAGAAGUUUCUUCCACAUUAUACGGCACUGGGAUGGAAUGCCACUACUAGAUCUACAAACAAGUAGGUUGGUUGGAGGGGGCAACCCCUAUCUCUUCAACAUUUUGAUGAUGAUGUCUGUAACAAGACUAUGGGCAUGA